AUGUUUCAAUUGCCAUUUUUGGACCAAUUCCGGAACGUGGUGACGUACAGUCAAAUCGAUGACUUUGCCGAUGUCUUGUCAUGCUUCGCAACACCUUCGAUCUACUUGUUCGGGGCGAUCUUGAUUUCAGCAAGAACGUGAGUUUAUUUUUUGGGCAGUAGUUUCCUGAUUUUUAAUAACUUGGUUUUCGACGGAAUAAGGGGCCUAGAACAACCCUCAUUGGAAGAACCCGUAUCAUUAACCCUAGACCGACCCUAACCUCUACAGCCACUCUACAACCCAUAUUCCCCAUUUGAUUUUCAAAAUACAAGCGCUCAAGAGUCUUAUGAUUUCCUCCCAAAAGUUCCCAUUUUCUCUCGUCGCGGUUCUCUAAAAAUCUCGUGUCCUCUCUAUGUUUCUCUAACACAUCUGGACUACAGAAGUAAUGCAUGUACUAUGUGGUGUCACUUUGAAAAGGUGGAAAUACAAAGAAAAGCCUAUUGGUUGAGGUGGGAGGAAUAUAAUAGAACAAACAAAAGAAACAGACGUGCGCUUUUGAAAAAAAACUUCGCUGUUUUGAAAAACCUAUGACAAUUAGGAAGAAGGUAUUGAAGUCGCUUGUUAGAAAAAAGGCCAUGGCAGAAGAUUGAGAGUUCCCUCAGGCCCUGUUCUCUUGAGCACUUGCCAGACACGAUGCCUAAUCAACUCGGGUUGCCUGCAUAGGCCUGAUCAGUUUGCUCGAUUUGCCCAUACACUCUGCCCGAUAAGCCCGGGCCCUGUUCUCUUGAGAACUUGCCAGACACGAUGUCUAAUCAACUCGAGUUACCUGCAUAGACCUGAUCAGUUUGCUCGAUUUGCCCAUACACUCUGCCCGAUAAGCCAGGGCCCUGUUCUCUUGACCACUUGCCAGACACGGUGCCUAAUCAACUCGGGUUACCUGCAUAGGCCUGAUCAAUUUUCCCGAUAUGCUCAGGAUUCCCGCAUACACACUUCCCGAUAAGCCAGCUAGCCGUGGUCUCUGUUCUUUUGUCAAAUUUUCUUCAUCGAUAACUUCCCAUCAAAUUGUUCUCACUUUUGUUAGUCAACCAUUCCAAGCUUCAGCAUCGAGUAAAAACGGCAAAUUGAGGAAAACCUAAUUUGCGACUUAAAUUUGAAUAUCCUCGAAUUCGGAGACUGGAAAAAACGGGAAACAUGCAUAUUUCCAGUGUUUUCAGUUCUUUCUUCCAACUGACUUUUGCGUUUUCUACCCCUCUAUCUCUCUACUUUCCAAUUGUGAUCUCGGUCCACGUUUCUGUAGAAUAGAAUAGCGAAGCGAAUGAAAAAUGAUGAAUACCGCCGAGAAAGAGAAACCAUCGAGUUAAACAGAGAUCUGAAUAGAAAAGCAGAUGCUCAAUCUCUGAAUAUCUCAAAACUACGUACUUCUUAAUCCGGCAUCAUUGUAACUGCUGAUUUUUUAAAUCUCUAACCGCGGAAUGUUUUUUUAUCUCUAGAAGCAUCAAUUCCCAAAAAUUGCAUUCAUCUCAUUUUAUUGGACCAAAUUGUAGACUAUUUUUCAUCACUCGGAAAGUUUUGAUUGGAAAAUAUGUGAAACAUUGAAAACUAUUACGUGUUCUUCACGAUCAUAGCAUACGUUUCACAUUCCACAAACGAAUUUUCAUUCUGGAUCACACCAUUGGGUCGAAUACUUAUGAAACAUUUAGUUUUGAUAACUUUAUUUGAGAAAACACAUUUCUCCUACCGUAAUCAUAGAUUGGUUAUUCAAAAUUGGCUGGCGGCAGAAAAUUCAAAUCGCAAUGAAAAGAUCAAACGCGAAACCGAUAACUAUUCAUCCAAUGUUGCGUCAUUGUAGACUUUCCGAUUGCACUUUGAAAAUAAAGCAUAAAUGUAUUACUUUAGUAAAAAGUGCAAGUACGACUUCUUGUUUCCCAUGACAUUUCCGAAUGCUUAUUCAUUACAAGACAAUAGAAAAGGUCGUGUUAAUGGGAAUCACUAUUUCUUGACUCUUUUUUUUUGUCUGAAUAGUUUGGAGAAAAAUAAUUGUUAGAGGGAAAGAUAAACAAUAGGGAACAAUUAUUGGAACAAAUGCAAUAUGUUGAUACUGUAGGAACGGAAAUGAAACAAAAACAAUUUCAAAGAACUUCAAAGGAAUAUUGAACAAAGUUAUUGCUUUUUAAUUGAGAUAAAGAAAAGAAAACAAAUAACAAUUUUGAAAAAAGUUUUAAUGGAAAAACACGGGGAUGUCCUAGCCUCUAUCACAUCCAUUAAUGUCUACAACAAUAAGGAUUGGUUUGAAAUUUUCAAAUAUCAAUUCAGAAUUUUAAACUAUCAAAAACCAAAACGCUAAUCUAUUCAUCUUUAGUUAAUAUAACCUAUUAUUUUUGAGACAGUAUAAGUUUCAUUAAUCUCAAAAAUGUGUCAUCUGCACAUUUUAGAAAUAUAGUGCAAUUCUUUAAACUGUUGUUUAAUAAAAUAGUGACCUCAAACUCGCUUGCCAACGCCUAAUCAUGCCUCGGGAAAAAGUAGCAAGUUUUGCUACAGAAAUAGACUUUUAGCCAGUUUGUGACCAUUCUUACCAAACUUGCUACAAUUUAUAAUGGAAAAAAUGUAGCAAGCUCGCUAAAAAUAGUCACGAGCUAGCGAAAAGUCAGAUUUUCUUAAUUUCGGAAAUUGCAAAAGGUAUUUGUUUUAUUUGCAUAAAACUCAAAACCUCAAAUUUUUAAAAACAAUGUUGAAAAACUCACUUUUCCUCCAGUUUUCCUCGGUUUCGAAAAUCAUUCAACAAAUAUUUGCUUCAUAAGUUGUUUCAAUAUUUCAAUCAUUUCGCUGACUGUUUUCCUGUAAAGUAGAAAUGAGUCAAAUUCAAAUAAUCACUUUAAACGAAAAAAAUUCAAGAAAGUACAUUUUUUCAUAAAAUUACUUUUUGAGCACCAGUUUCAGUAUGAAACUAUCAAAAAAUAACUAAACUUGUGUUACUGGUACUAGGAAAAUAGAUAAAUAUGAAUUUUACAACAAGUUUUAUUCAAAUGCAUGGAAAACAACAAAAAAUACGUGAAAGAACAAUUUCCGAAAAAACAAAAACAAGAAAAUAAAAGUAAACAUGAAAGUGCGCCCCAUUGAUAAACACCGCAUGCCCCGCUCAGCACUUGACUCUGUAGACUGACUGUACAAAUUGAAGAAGUGUGAAUACAGCGAAUGAACGCUGUACCUACACUUUUUUUCCCGAAAAUCGUAGGUUCAUUUUAUCUUCAGCGUAGCUACGAAAAAAAUCAAAUUCGUAGCUACGCAGAUGAUAAAUCGUUAUUACGCACACCUUAAAUUCUGACGAGAGCUGCCAAGCGUCACACAAUCAGAGAUGAAAACGUAGGUACAGCGUAUCUACGCUGUAGCUACACAAUUCGCGGACAGAAAUUAAGUGAAGUGACCGCUCUAUAAAUAUUAUUUUUGAAUCCGUAGCUACGCCGUUGCUGUUCUGUAGCUACUUUGUAGAUAAACGGAUGUUACUUAUGUGCAAUUCUCUCUUCCCCGUUUCCGUACAAAGUAUCAACGAAAUUUGUACAGUCAGUCUACAGAGUCAAGUGCUGAGCGCACUCUGUCAAAAAUUUGUGUGUUUUGUCGUUGCUGUUUUAUUAUCAGACUAAAAUAGUGCCGUUUUUAAAUACUCUAUUCUGAAACAUCUUUAAACACAGCAUUCAUAGUUUUUCCCCUUAUCCGAAAUAGUUAUCAAUCAACUCUUAAAAAACACAUUUGUCAAUUCUAGAUAUGUUGGUUCUCCAAUUCAAUGCUGGAUUCAACAAACCUAUUCUGGAGCUUGGGAAGAUUAUGCGGAGACCUACUGUUUCUUGAAGGUUUGUUAUACAAAUAUAACAAUAAUCACUUUGAAAAUCAAUAAAAUUUUUAGAACACUCACUUUGUGCCAUCUACUGAACAUAUUGUCACUGGUAUGAAUUCGAGCAAGAGUUCUGUCAAAUAUUAUCAGUGGUCAUCAAUGUAUUUGGCAGUUUGCGCGUUGUGCUUCAUCCUUCCGAAACUUUUCUGGAAGUAUUCACAAACUACUUCGGGUCAGUUUGAUAGAUGGUGUUAAAACAUUGAAAUGUUAUCUUCAGAUAUUCCAUUGACCUACUUCUGUGAAACCACGAACGAAAUUCGAAAAACGACGACCGAUAAAAGAAAGGACAAAAUCACCGAAAUGGCCAAGUAUUUGAAAGAGAAAUUGGAGCACAAUGAGAAAUAUGGGUGAGUUUGAAGCAUACACACAUCUUAUGUUAGAAAUACAGCAUCUAUAAUAAUUUUUAAAGAUCGAUCUUCUUCAACAUGACAACUUCCUACUUCAUCACCAAAAUGCUCUACAUUUUUGUUGCACUCGGACAAUUCUACUUGGUUGCUGUGUUUUUGGGACAAUCAGAAGAUAUCCUCUGGGGUUUCACUGUAAGUUUAACUUCUUUGUAUCAAGAUAACUGUAAAAUUUUAACGCGACAUAUUGUUUCAGCUUCUUCAAAAUUUGAUUGUUGGCGACAACUGGGAAGUGACUGGAAUUUUCCCACGCAUCACCUAUUGCAGCUUCUCAAUCCGUCAACAAAGUGGAGAUUUCCAAAAACACACAACUCAAUGUGUUUUGGGUGUCAAUGAGUUCAAUGAGAAAAUUUUCUUGUUCAUCUGGUAUUGGCUUGUUGCUCUCAUCGCGAUCACCAUUGUUGCAACACUUCGUUGCUUCUAUCUUAUGAACACCAACUCGGUCGUUGACAGUUUGAUGAUCAAACAUGUUAGUUUUUAUCUUUACUUUUACUAUAUUAUUGUAUCAGUUAACCCCUGAAGUGCUAAUUGAGUUUAGUAUUGCCGGAAUCCAGAUUUGACGAGGUUUAGAACUAUAUUUUCUGAAAAUAGAACUCAAAGCAUUAUCUCGAAUUUUCACGUUAUUAUUUUUGCAACCAGAAACUUCUCAAAUCUUUCAAACGUUUUUUUUUGCAAAAUUCAAAAAUAAAUAAGGAGAAGCGAUUUUUUUGUAUGAUCUUCCUCAAUUUUCCAUUAACCUUCGGAUUAAUUUUCACUUUUAAUAGAUUUGCAUUUAAAAUAAUUUUUCUUUCAAUAAGCUUUUUUUGUUUUUUUUCCAGCGCAACAUCAAUGAUAAAAUUGUCACUCGCAAAAUCCGCGACUUCAGCGAAAACUAUCUUCGAACCAAUGGAAGAAUCAUUCUCUCUUAUGUCAAAAUGGAAAGUGAUAUUGUUGCUCAAGAACUCGCAUUGGAACUCUUUGAAGAUUACAAAGAGAAGGUGGGUAGAUCAAAUUUUUAUUAUUUUUCAUGCAAUUUUUGUCUACUAGGAGAAGUCCUUUCACUAAAAAAAAUAAAAAAGAGCUUUAAAAUUUUGAAUAGCAAGAGAACCAAAAAUCGAGUUUCACUUUUGGUUCUCAAUCUGUUUUGGAACUGAAAUUUGACUUUCAAAAAAUAAAAAAUUCCUCUGAAGUUUCAUUUUUCUAAUUUCAAAUAUCUAUAGCCAAGAUUCAUCCAUUUCCAAAAUAUCGAUUACAAAAGUUCUCUUUCGACUAUAAGUUCCAAGUUGUCAUUGAUGAAGCAAUAUUUGCAGAUCAAGAACGCUUUCGAGGAUAUUCCAACCAACGUUCUUGUCGCAGGUGAUAAUGCAUCCGAAAAAACCGUGAUCGAUGAUUCGGAAGUUGCUUCGGAGCAAUAA